GAUGUACAUAAACUCUUCCGGCAACGGCAAAAUGGUGGACUUGUCAUUAUUUUUGGCGCUCUGCGAAAAUAUCCACACCAGGCUGUUAACACGUUUGUAAAUGCGCUACAUAUUACAUCAGUAUGUUUAAGAAAGCUAAAAGGUGCAAUUUUAGGCGUCGCAAUGACUCUGAGGAUGAGGAGAAAGACGCUCAGCAGUCCGGAGGGCCUGCAGCUGAAGCCUCGGCGAAAUCUAGCGAGCCCACCACCUGCUCCGCUCCUCAUAGCUCCGCUCCUAACGUGCUAAACAAUCACGGUAACGGGUUUCAGUCCCGUGAGAUCAAACUCAACAAAGAGAAGAAGAAAAGGGAGAACCGAGAGGAACCGAAAGCGAGUCUGCUUAGCUUUCAAGAUGAUGAAGUGGACGACACUGAAGUGUUUCGUGUGAAGAAAUCCAACCACAGCAAAAAGAUUGUGAAGCAGCUGAAGAAAGAAUACAAGGACGAUUUGGAAAAGACCGGCAGUUUCGUACAGGACCAAAGCACACGACUUGAUGGUGGACCUGCACAGAAGCUGGCAAUUAAAGAAGAGCCCUUAGAGGGCAGCAGAGCCAGCAGUGAGCAGGGAGAAGAGGAAAUGGAGGUGGACAGCAAUGAGGAACAGGACGAGGAAAAUGAUCAGAAGGGUGGGGUUAGAAGUGGAGCAUUCAGCCAGAAUCUGUCCGCCCUCAGCUCCCUCAGACCAGGCGAGAUCCCAGAUGCUGCAUUCAUCCAUGCUGCACGUAAGCGCAGGCAGAUGGCUCGAGAGCUUGGAGGUGAAGCCCCAAUGGUGGAGCCUGAAGCGACCAACAAGCGCCUUGUUCACGAGGAUGAGCAGGGCGGCAGUGACGACGACGAUGAGAAGAGAAUUGUCUUCAGUGGCGUCAAGCAGAAGAGUCAGAGGCAGAAAAUAGCGGAGGAGAUUGGUAUUGAAGGAAGUGAUGACGAAGCUCUAGAUGAUGGACAAGAUGAAGAAGUGAGACGCUGGGAGCAGGAACAGAUCAGAAAAGGCAUUAGCAUCCCUCAGGUCCAAGCCACCCAAGAGGACACAACCAUGUAUUAUCAAGGCGGUUAUGACGCACAGCCUUAUGGAGCUUCCUACGCCAUGCCUUUUGCCUACGCGGCCACGACUGUUGGAACAGACGGCAACAAUUCAUUGAAAGUGGAGGCCUCAGUCCCCUAUCCUAUUCCCUCUAGUGACCUGACCCCAAUAACCACAGAUCUGGUAAAGAAACGUCUUAAAGACAGGCUAAACUUCAUGCGUCAGGGUCACAGUUCCAACGCCCGGCGCUUUCAACAGAUCCAGGAGGAGCUGGAGGCCUCUAAAAAGACCAUCCAGCUCCUGGAGGGCUCCUCGCAGGAGGCUGCAGACAAAUAUAAAUUCUUGCAAGAAAUGCGAGGGUAUGUUGGAGACUUGCUUGAGUGUUUCAGUGAAAAGGUGCCUGGUAUUCUGGAGCUUGAGGCCGCCAUGCAUCAGUUACUACGGCAACAGGCGUCCCGUCUGGUCCAGAGAAGACAGGAUGAUAUUAAAGAUGAAUCAUCGGAGUUUUCCAGCCUUUCAAAUAAGGCUGUUAUGGCCCCUAACCUGGAUUCAUUUGGACGUGAUCGUGCAGCUUAUCAAGAACUCGCCAAGCAGAGAAGGAUAGCUGAAAGAGAAGCCAGGCGAACUCGACGCAGGCAAGCACGAGAGCAGAACGGCAAGAGAGCCGAGCAUAAGGAGGGGCUGUCCAGUGACGACGAAGAGACGUCUACUGACAUUAACAGCUUCAACCUAGAGAGAGAUCGAAUUUUUAUAGAAUCGAAGAAGGUUUUUGAAGAUGUGGUGGAGGAUUUCCACUCUCUGAACAGCAUGAAAUCUCACUUUGAGACCUGGAGGAAGCUGUAUUUUACCAGUUACAGGGACGCUUACAUCAAUCUCUGUCUGCCCAAACUUUUCAACCCACUUAUUCGACUGCAGCUUAUCUCAUGGUCUCCGCUAGAGGUGGAUUGUCCAAACUUCGAGUACAUGCUAUGGUUCGAGUCUUUGCUGUUUUAUGGUUGUGACGAGCAGAGCGCCGUGAAGCAAGAGGAUGAUGUUGAUAACGGCUUGCUCCCUGCUAUCGUCGAAAGAGUUAUCCUUCCCAAACUGGCAGUGUUGACGGAUCAAGUAUGGGACCCCCUUUCUAGCAGUCAGACAUCCAGACUGGUGACUUUCAUGCGAAGGCUGAUCAAAGACUAUCCCACUGUGCUGCAUGGCGACAACCGCAACACGCAGGAGCUUCUGAAGACCAUACUCGUACGAAUACAACGGUCCCUCGAUGAUGACAUUUUCUUACCUCUGUUUCCCAAAAAUGUUAUGGAAAACAAAAACUCUGCUCCAUACCUCUUCUUCCAGAGGCAGUUUUGGUCUUGCGUGAAGUUACUGGGAAAUAUCCUUAUGUGGGAUGGGAUCCUGUCCCAGUUGGUGCUGAAGGAGCUAGCCGUGGACAGCACACUGAACCGAUACAUCCUCUCAGCCCUACAAUCCAUUGAUGUCAGAGAGGAAUGUGUGGAGAAAUGUCGCAGGGUGGUGGAGUGUUUUCCCAUUCAGUGGUUCAGCAGUCUGAAGGGUCAACAAACUCUUCCUCAGCUGGAGAACUUUUGCAGAUACAUGAAACACGUUGCCAGCUCUGUUUACCGCAGCUGUGUGGCUGGAUCAGAUGUGGAGAAAAGAAAAGCCAGGGAACACAUAAAGGAGGUGAUUAGGCUUCUGGGACGACUGAACGCUUUAGAUCAUGUGAUUGCAGUUGCGUCAGAACAUGGCAUUAAAGAUAUAAAAACUCUCCUUGAGACCAAAUGACCAACAGGGCAUGGUAGCUGACCCACAUACUGGUUUUUUGAUGAACCUAACCUUGUAAAUAUUGUGAAUAUUGUACAUUUUGUGUGUGGCUGAAGACUUUUCCUUCAUUUUGAAGCUGAGGGAGUCUUGUGUAGGAAUUCGUAAUCCAUGGAAACUGCCACUGGUGUCCCAGCACAGCGUGUUUGCCUGGGUUUGUACCCUGUGGUGUGUUAAAAACUUCUGUAUCCCCCUUCCGGUGGAGACAAUUCCACUUUUUACUUAAUUUUUUUAACAGACAAGGUCCUCUAAUAGAUCUUUUAAAUUGUGACAUGCGUUAUCUGCAUUACUUACAGGUUGACUUAAAUUCUUUAAGAGCAAACAAUGAUAAAAGACAUUCAAAAUGAGCCAGCGUCCAUGUUCAUCUUCAACAACUUUUGACGUGCCAACCUGAUCUCUAAACGAAUUUACAUGCUGCUUAAGAAAUCCAGUAAAAAUGUAUACCUUUAAUAUUUUUGUUUUUUGAACCCUGAAAUGUGUCAUUGCAUAAAUAAAGUGUUAAUGGAUA